AUGCAAGCUAACCGAAGACGAGUGUUCACACGCAGAAAGCCUCUCUCCGAUUGCACCAACCCUCAUUCUUCUCCCUCCUCUGUUCCUCUCAAAACUUCCAAAUCCAAACCUUCUUCUUCUUCUUCGGCAAUCAAUAAACCUCUCACUAAAUGCACAUCUGCUACGGCGAAUCUCGGUAAUGCCCCAAACCCUAGUUCCCCUUCACCGCCCAAUCUUUCCACGCCUUCGGUCAAAACAUCCCCUCCCUUCGGGAUUGUUGAUGUUAAAGCUUCUCCGCCUAAUUCAGGUUCGAAGAAAAGAAGGAAGGAUAAAGGGAAGGAAGUGGCUGUUCCUAUGGUCCAUCAUGUAACAGUGGCCUAUGUUUUUGUGGUGAUAAACAGGGAGACAAGUGAUGCAUUUGAACGUGAGAACUUACCCAAGGCCAAGGCAUUGACAGUUUCUUGUGCGAAGAAACAACGUAUUAUGUCAUUGUCAUCUGAAGAUGUGUUCAAGGAUCCCCAGCUGCAAGAUUUUAUUGAAAAUCAGAUUGAUUUUGAAAUGUUAAUGGAGCUGGGGGUUGAAUCUAGUGAUGAGGAGGAGGAGGUUGAAUCUGGUGAUGAGGAGGAGGUUGAAUCUAGUGAUGAGUUGCUGCAAGAUUUUAUUGAAAAACAGAAAUCCUACUUUAAAAUGAUUGAUGAAUUUGAACUGUCAGAGGAGGAGGUUGAAUCUAGUGAUGAGUUAGAUUAA